UUUCCUAUUGGCCCGGACUUGCCGUCAAUCACCAGGGCAUGGUGAGCUGGAGCAUGCGUAAUGUCGAUAUUGGUCCUGGACUCAGGCGACUUUGUCGAAUGUCGCAGCGGGUAUUAGAAGGCAAGGAUUUGCUGAUGUGAAGCUCAAAACAAACAUGUUAGUUGAGUCACUUGAUUAUUUAGGAACUGAAUGUCAUUGGCCUUUGCAUGUGGAAAGAAAACUGUUUGGCUGCUCAAUAUGUGGGAAAAGAUUUGAAAAAUCAGUGUGACUGGAAAAGCAGUGAGAGACACAAACACACACAACGCACACACACAUGCGCACAAGUGAGUGAGUGAGAGUGUUCCAGGGAACUGACUGUGGAAAGAGCUUUAACCAGUUACACAGCCUGGAAAAGCAUCUCACCAUUCACAGCAGAUGUAAACUGUACACACAUUCUGUUUGUGGACGGGGAUUCAACUGAUCAUCAAACCUGGAGAGACUCAGGGACACCUGCACCAUGGAAAAACCGUGGAAAUGUGAGGACUGUGGGAAGGGAUUCAGUUACCCAUCCCAACUAGAAAUUCAUCGUCGCAUUCACACUGGGGAGAAGCCUUGGAAAUGUGAGGAAUGUGGUAAAGGAUUCAAUUACCCAUCCCUGCUGGAAAUCCAUCGACGCAAUCACACUGGAGAGAGGCCGUGGAAAUGUAAGGACUGUGGUAAAGGAUUCAAUUAUUCAUCCCUUUUAGAGAGCCACCAACGCAAUCACACUGGGGAGAGGCCGUUCACUUGUUCCGUGUGUGGGAAGGGAUUCACUCAGAAAACCUCCCUGAUGUUACACCAGAGAAUUCACACUGAGGAGAGGCCCUUCAGCUGCACUUACUGUGAGAAGAGGUUCAAGCAUUCUUCCACCCUCACUACACACCAGCGAGUUCACACUGGGGAGCGACCGUUCACCUGCUCCAUGUGUGGGAAGAGAUUCACUCAGUCAUCUGAUCUUUGGACACACCAGCGAAUUCAUACUGAGGAAAAGGCAUUCAGCUGCACUUCCUGUGGAAAGAGGUUCAGACAUUCUUCUACCCUCACUGUACACCAGCGCACUCACACUGGAGAGAGACCGUUCACCUGCUCUGUGUGUGGGAAGGGAUUUGCUCAGUCAUUUGAUCUGGUGAGACACCAGCGGCUUCACACUGGGGAGAGACCGUUCAUCUGCUCCGUGUGUGGGAAGGGGUUUGCCCGGUUAUCCGGCCUCCAAUCACACCAGCAAAUUCACACUGAAGAGAAUCCAUUCAGCUGUCCUACCUGUGGAAAGAGGUUCAGACAUUCUUCCAAGCUUGCUGCGCACCAGCGAAUUCACACUGAGAAGAGACCGUUCACCUGCUCCGUGUGUGGAAAAGGAUUCACAAAGUCCUCCAACCUGCAGUCUCACCAGCAAAUCCAUAACGGGAAGAGACCGUUCACCUGCUCCGAGUGUGGAAAGGGAUUCACUCAAUCAUACCAGCUGCUGACACAUCAGCGGGUUCACACUGGAGAGAGGCCAUUCACCUGCCCUGUAUGUGGGAAAGGAUUUACUAGGUCUUCUGAUGUGCUAAAGCACCAGCGAAUUCACAUUGGGGCGAGGCCAUUCACCUGCUCUGAGUGUGGCAAGGGAUUCACUCAGUCAUCGAACCUGCUGAGACACCAGCGAGUUCACACUGGAGAGAAACCAUUCCUCUGCUCCGAGUGUGGGAAAGCAUUCACUCAGUUAUCCAACCUGCUAAGUCACCAGCGAAUUCACACUGGGGAGAGGCCGUUCACUUGCCCUGUAUGUGCGAAAAGAUUCACUAGAUCCUCUGACCUGCUGAAGCACCAGCGAAUUCACACUGAGGAGAGGCCGUUCAGCUGUACUUCCUGUGGAAAGAGAUUCAGGUCUUCAUCCAACCUUACUGUACACCAGCGAGUUCACACUGGGGAGACACCGUUCAUCUGCUCCGAGUGUGGGAAGGGAUUCACUCAGUUACCCACCCUGCUACGUCACCAGCGGGUUCACACUGGGGAGAGACCGUUCACCUGCUCCGAGUGUGGGAAAGGAUUCACUCAGCUCUCCCACCUGCUAACACACCAGCGACUUCACACAGGAGAGAGACCAUUCACCUGUCCUGUAUGUAGGAAAGGAUUCAGUGGGUCCUCUAACCUGCUGAAGCACCAGCGAAUUCACACUGAGGAGAGGCCAUUCAGCUGUACUUCCUGCGGAAAGAGAUUUAGGUCUUCAUUCCACCUCAAAGUACACCAGCGUGUUCACACUGGGGAGAGGCCGUUCACCUGCUCCAAGUGCGGGAAGGGAUUCGCUCAGUUAUCCACUCUGCUGACACACCAGCAAGUUCACAAGUGACUGCAGGGGAUGAAUUCUGCUGUUAUUGCUACUGUUGAUCACAUCCAGGACUGGACCAUGUUCAUUCUGACAUUUGGGGUUUGUUUCUGCUGAUGUUAAUAAUCCCUGUAACUGAGCUGGAGUUUAACAUUCUGGACCUAAAGCUGAUUGUGUUCUCAGGGCUGCAGUGUCCCUUUAAGAACCGCUGUCACUGAUCUGCCCCCAUAAUUCAGGAACUUUCAUCAGAAAUUAGUUUACAACAAGAUUCUGAACUUUGACUUCAAUCCCAAAUUGAUCUUUGGGACAAACUGUACACAUUCAGUGUCUGAGAGAUUUCCCUGAUUAACAUCUCCAAUUAGAAAGUGCUGAUUAAUCCUUGCUGACAAUUCUUACUGACUUGCACAUUACUCACAGUGACACCUCCAUUAUCCACAAGAAAGAAGGGGAAUGGGAAUUGAUGGAGAAUCAAGAGUUCCCAAAUGUUACCCCUCCCACCUGGUACAGAAAUCCCCUGGGCAUGGGAAUGGAGACAAGUUCAAUCCAAGUAACAGACUAUACGAAAUCUCUCUCUAAUAACCUUAUAAAAUCUUCAGAAAUUUAUGUAAUAUGACAGAAAAAAAGCUCACCCUCUCUCUCUCUUAUGAAGAAAGCUUCCAUAGCAGCUUGCUGGCUGACAAACACAGGACAGGCCUGUUAUCUCUGCCAAGGACAUGUCUCCAGCACAGGCCCUGAAACAAGACAUUUCUAACCCUGACAUGAUUGGAUCUCAUGACCCAUAUGUAAACCAGCUGUCUGUGUAAAGGUUAAAACAGGCUCUCGAAAGCAUAGAGAUUUUGAAGUGAUCCACACUGGCUUCAGCCCAACACCCACACUCUGGCUCACACCAGUUAACCGUUCAGAGGAGACUGUCACCACCAGCUACAGAGACCAGCACUGGCUCUGUAUCAUCCAUCCAUUGUCCUCUGGGACUGAUAAAUUGUUCUUAUCUGUCACAGGUCGUGUGUUCUCCUGUCUAUUUAGCUUAAGGAUCAUACUUAACCUGUGGCUUCUCAAUAAUUUACUUUAAAAUCACUUCUGAGCUUAACCCCCUUUUUUAGGUAAUUUGUGACUCCCGAACCUAAAUCUUACCAGCAGUUCUGGUCGCCAUAUUAUAGUAAAAGAUAUCAAGUGACUGGAUAGGGCCCAGAGCAGAUUUAUAAUGAAGAUACCAGAAACAGGCAGGUAAACAUAUCAGGAAAGGAUUGACAGAUUUGGUCUCUUUCCUCUUGAGAAAAUAAAGCUAAGGUCUUUAAAAUGAUGAACGGUUUUGUUAGAGUGGAUACAGAGCGAAGGUUUCCUCUUGUGGGGAAGAGCAUAACUAGAGGCCGUCAAUAUAAAUUGUCACCAAGAAAUCCAAUAGGGAAUUCAGAAGAAAUCUUUUAACCCAAUGAGUGGUGAGAAAGUGGAACUUGCUACCACUGUGAGUGAUUAAAGUGAAUUGUAUGACUGUCGUUUAGUUGAAAAAGGCACAAUGCGUGGAUGUGAUUUUUUUUGCAAAGGAUGGGGCUGUGUGUGUGACUUUCUGUAGCUUCUAGCAUGUGUAAGUGAGCCACAAUCUUAAUUUGGUUUUUCAUGUAAUUCUUAGCACAGUCAGGAUUGUUUAGCAAGUGUUGUCCAAUCAUGGAAUCACAUGUAAUAUUAUUUACGGGGAAGCUAGACAAGCACAAGAGGGAGAAGGGAAUAAAUUGUUAUGAUAGAUUUAUGUGAGGAAAUUCAGAGGAGGCUCUAGUGGAGCAUUAACACCAGCAUGGAUUGGGGUUGGGCUGAAUGGCCUGUUUCUGUGUCCCGUGUUCUAUGUAAUUACACUCCUGAAAGGUCCGGUUCCAAGUUUUAGACUAUAACACGUAUUCCUAGACUGCAUAACCAGUGGAAAUAAUGUAAAUUUACCCUCUGUUCCCCUUAAUGUGUUCGAUUCUGCUGUUACUGUCACUGUUAAUCACAUCAGGAACUGAACCACUCUCAUUCUGACAGUUGUUUUAUUUCUACUGAUGUUAAUAAUCCCUGUAACUGGUCUGGAGUUUAAUAUCUUAAUAUCUCUUAAAUAAAUCAGCUUUGUUUCAAGCGCA